AUGGACGACGAGCUCGAUCCAGCCUUCUUGGACCUCGACCUGCCCUCCCCGCACGCGUCGACCUCGUCCCUCGGCGCCGGCUUCGGCUCGACCCUCGACCACGACGACCUCGACGACCUCGACUCGCUCGACCGGCACACGCACGCGCACGGCCUCGGUCUCGACCUAGAGCUCGACCUCGACACCGACUAUGGCGGUGCAGGCCUCCCCGCCAGCCUCGACGACCUGCCAGACGGGCACAGCCCUCCUUCAACCCCACCACGACGACGAGGCGGCUCCAAGCUCGCGGUGGCAGGCGCAGCUGGCGCAGCAGACGGCGGCGGCGGGCUGAGCCUGGCGGACGAGCUCGCGAGCGCGGCGCGGCCACAGCGCCAGCGCGACCUCAUGCGCGAGCUGGGGCUCGGCAGUGACAGCGGCGAGGAGGACGAGGACGACGAGCGCACGACGGGCGGGUCGUCUCGCGGCAGCGGGUCCAGCAGCAGCGAGGAGGGCGACAUGCGGCACGGCGAGGACGCGCUCGGCGCUGGGUUCGGGCGCGCAGGCGGCGUCGUCGUCGCAGACCCGUUCGGCGGCUCGCCGAGGCGCAGCGCGUCGUCCCUUGCGCGCUUUCCUCGACCGCGGCCGUCGUCGUCUUCCCUCACGUCUUACACGCCGGGCGGCUCGACGCCCGACGACGGUGACGCCGAGGUGGACGAGGCGGCGCAGCAGGACGAGGUCGACGCCGCGCUGCGCGAGGCGGCGGCGUCGCUCGACGAGUCGAUGCAGACGACGAGCGCGUUCCUCGCACACCUGCGGCAGCACGUCACGACCGAGGUGGAUCCGCACGCCGCAGCCCUUGCCGCACCCUGCCCCUCACCGGUCGGCAUCGAGCCGCCCCGGUCUUCCGCCACCUCGUCGCCCGCACCCGCCCGCGACUACACCGACCGCCAGCCUGUCGUCGAGUCGCACGCAUCGACGCUCGUCCGCCGCCUGUACGAGCUCGCCAAGCAGCGCGAGUCGCACCUGCGCGAGCUUGGCGAGGUCGAGCGCGUCCUCGGCCGCACCGAGCCUGGCUGGCGAGCGGCGCUCGCCGACCUUGAGCCGCUCGAGUGGCCGGACGACGAGGACGAGGGCGGUGACGGCGGCGACACGAACGGCGACGAGCCGCCAGCGCCGACUGAGCCCGUGCCGUCCGGCGACGUCGAGGGAUUGUCCUCGUUCGGCCCUCUCGCCCUCGACCCGGCUCGUCCUGCCCCUCCACCACGUUCCCGACCGCCUCCCGCAUCCUCCCUCGCCCUCACCCGCGCCCAUGCCGACCUCGCCGCCCUACGCACCCUCACAACCUCGCUCCUCGCGGCGCUCUCCUCCAUCUCGGACCUCACCCAGGUCCAGUCGGCGCUCGCGUCCGACUCGGGCCGCAAGCUGCGCGCGCUCAAAGCGCAGGCGGGCUCGCUUAGGGACGAGCUCGGCGCGGUCGAGCGCAGCGAGGCGUUCGUCGAGGCGUUCGAGGGGCGUAGCGAGGGGCGCAGGACGCUCGGCGACGGGAGGGCGGCCGAGAGCGCGAGGAGGGAGGUCGAAGGCGUGAGGGAGACGCUCGAGGAGGGGUGGAGGAAGGCGCAGAGCAUGCUCGCCGUGCGGGCGUGA